GCUGAUCGAGAAGCAGAUCGAUGCAGAGGGGAAGUGCCCCGUGACGAAGGAAGAAAUCACCAAGGAUGACCUCAUGGAAAUCAAGACCAACAAGUCCGUGCGCCCGCGGCCGGCCACCGCGACGAGCAUUCCGGGCAUGCUGACGCUCCUCCAAAGCGAAUGGGAUGCUUUGAUGUCGGAGACCUAUGAGCUCAAGGCCCAGCUGGACACUUCUCGAAAGCAGCUCUCCCAUGCGCUUUAUCAGCAUGACGCAGCCUGCAGGGUCAUUGCACGGCUCAUCCGUGAGCGCGACAUGGCACGUGCUGACAACCAAAAGCUGCAGGAGCAGCUGAGCCAUUCGACGCCUUUGCCAGGGGGCGCCGUCCGCGAGGACGCGGAGACAGGCCUGACGCCGGAGAUCCUCCAGAAGAUGAAGGAGCUCGCCGACACCUUGUCAAAAACCCGGAAGCGCAAGGAUUUCCCGGACCUGAACCCCCUGGCACAGCUCAAGAAGUUCACCUGCGUCGGGUCCCAUCCGAUCCACAAGUCCACCGCGCCGGGAAUCACAUGCGUCGACAUCCACCGCUCCGAUGCCAAGCGAGUUGUGACGGGCGGCAUGGAUGCGCAGGUCAUCGUUUUCGAUGCUGAGAAAGAGAAGAUGCAAGAGAAGCUCCUGGGCCAUGCGAAGAAGAUCACGGCGGUGGCUUUGCACGCGACGAAGGACGUGGUGCUUUCUGCUUCGCAGGACGCCACUGUCAAGGUGUGGACCUCGAGCGCGGAAUGGACCGGCCCGUACACGUGCAGCCACACGAUUCGGAAGCAUGCCGGGGAGGUGAGCGAUAUCUCCAUCCAUCCUCUAGGCGACUACUUCUUGAGCAGCGGGUUGGACAAGUCCUGGGCUGUCUUCGAGCUGGAGUCUGGGCGCUGUGUCAAGCAUCUGCGUGACCUGGAGCAUGGCUUCAACUGCAUGAAGUGGCACCCGGAUGGGAUGAUCAUGGCCUCCGGGACUCAGGGGGGACCCGUGCAGAUCUGGGACAUCAAGGAGCAGAAGGUGGUGGCAAGCCUCACCGGGCAUGAGGACGCCGUCAAGACUCUCAGCUUCUCGGGGAAUGGCUACCACCUCGCGACCGGGUCGGAAGAUGGAACGGUCAAGCUGUGGGACCUGCGGAAGCCGCUGAACAUCCAGACGCUCCAACUGUCGGCUCCAGUGAACUCCGUGGCCUUCGAUUCCACAGGGCAAUACCUCUCUGUUGCCAGCGACGUCGUCCAGAUCUACAAUUGGGCAUCCAAGUCGAGCAUGGCGGAGGCCGUCACGCUAAAGGACCAUGGUGCAGCUGUGCUCGGCGUCUGCUUCAGCCAGCAUGCCAUGUCCCUGGCCUCGGUGUCCAUGGAUCGGACUCUGAAGAUCUUCAAGAACGCCUGA